CCAUGAUUGUAAGCCCGGACGUACCAGCUCCGCAAAGCUGGCCCCUCCCUUUGCUUCGUCCGCGUCUUCGGACAUGAUGCCUUCUCUAAGUAUUAUACAGCGCGGCGAGCAACUGCGAGCGGUUCCAAGUGGCUACAAGUCUACAAAGCGUAUGUACGAGCGAUGGCGGUGUCGAAGAUGGUCAGCCGGCGAUGGCAGGCGGAGGUGGUUGUGGAAAGCGUGCGGUCGUCGCCGGGCUGACUUCGUGGCGACGGCGGAGGUGUAUGCGCGCGGUGGACAGGUCUCGGUCGGGCGGUGGCCAAAAGUUGGUUCUGCGAUCGCGUACCUACGCCCUGCGAUGUCUGUAGCUCCGGGGGAUCUACGACUGGCCCGCUCGGUCCAUUACGAGCCCUGUGAACGGCUUACGCGAGACAACGGCGAAGAGACAUGCCCCGAUUCGUCGUAUCUGAAGCAGCAGUCGACGUCAGCGGGAACCAAGAGUGUCGUGGCUUGGACAACAUGCGCUCCUCGGGCGGUAGUUUGGUCGCCGGUGCGAAGAGUCAAGAAAGAAGAGUGAGAUAGCCGGCUCGGGAAACGUGCAUUAGCGUCACAGCCACAUGUUGUACCUGACUAAGAGCCGCAUUUUUUACCCCGGCCAGACAG